UUCUCUAUGGCGCUUACUAAUGACAUCAUUUCCGUUCAACCGCAACGUAUUUGAUUCAACAGCGGCCUGUGUUUUUACUCGGUCGUUGCAAUUUUUUCUUCGGUGGAGAAUUUUUCUCUACAGUUUAUCACCAUCAUGAAACUAGUCAGGUGAGAGCCCGUGAAAAGUUUCAGUUUAUCGAUUGCAGUAAUAAAAAUCGAUGGAAAUACUGUGAUAGUGAAGGAUUGGUGUAGAUUCAAACGGGCGGGAAGCGAUGAAUGAAAUGAAAGGCGCUUGCAAGGAGUCACAACAACUGGGACAAGACUCUAGAAAGUGCAGUGUAGAUUUUGGUUCACUUUAUAGACCAAUAUGCUCACAUAACUUGACUUGCUUUGUGUUAUUUGCAGGUUUUUGAUGAAGCUCAGCCAUGAGACGGUUACCAUUGAAUUGAAGAAUGGCACCCAGGUCCACGGCACCAUUACAGGUAGGGCCACUUUCACAGUAAAGCCUCCAUUCAGAUAUACCACCAGAGAGCAGUUUGCUCAUUCACUUUAAGUUUUUAAGCUCUGUGUAUUCUCUUUCAGGUGUUGAUGUGAGCAUGAACACCCACCUCAAAGCGGUGAAGAUGACCCUGAAAAACAGGGAGCCUACCCAGCUGGAAUCACUGAGUAUCCGUGGCAACAAUAUUCGCUACUUCAUCCUUCCCGACAGCCUCCCACUGGACACCUUACUGGUUGACAUCGAGCCGAAGAUUAAGUCCAAGAAGAGGGAAGCAGGUGAGCAGUGUGUUUACAUCAUCUAAGAGUUUAGCACAACAACAACAACACAGCAAACUGGUCUGAUCCAUGGUCUGCUUUAAACUUAAAUUCAACUUUUCAGACUAAAAACAACAAUAAAACUGACCCUCCCACUCACACACCCACCCACGGACCACACAGACACACACAAAGACACUCACUCAGCCACACAAGCGCUCACAAAGUGAGAAUUUAAGAUAAAUUGUUAAAGGGACAUGGCCUGACAUCGAGACAUCAUGUGAGGAAAGAGCUACCUUUGGGAAACACUGGAGAUAAAGAUAAAAAUGGUAAAAAUUAAGUUUAAAACCUGACGGACUAAAACAAGAAAAUGAUAUUAACUGAACAGAUAAAAAUACAUCUAAAAACAAGUUUUAGAGAGUAGAUAUGUGCCAGCUCAGUAGUCACUAAGAAUGAGCAAUUCCAUCCCUGCGUUCAAGGAAUCGAGUACUUGCAAAAUAUACAUUUUUGAACCAGUCAGCUAAGAUUUCUGCAGUAUCAGUUCAUCAGCACUGCAUGUCUCAAGAAGAGCAGUCUUCACUUCACAGUAAUGAAUGAAAUAACACUUGAUGGUACAACUCUAUGGUGAGGCCUUUCCAUGAGUCUGUGGUUACAGCCCUCAAUUCUGUUGUGCAAACAUCUGCAUAGUAGCAGGCUGCAGCUACACGCAACCAUAGCACUUUAACACGUGAAGCCAACAGCAAAAAAGAAAGAAAAUGAGUGCUGUCCCCGACAGAAAUGCAGAAGAAGGCUCAACAUAUGAUGAUAUCGCCAACAACACUGGCAAGAAAACGUUAGCGGUGCGGGGUUUCUAGGUUGGACAUGAAGCAGAGUAAUGUGGACUGCAAAUUAUGUCGAGUACAUGUUCUCGCAAAGUUGGGGAAUACCUCAAAUCUUUCAGUUCCAUGCGGCAGAGCAUGUACAAUCCAAAGGUUGCAAACCCCGAGCAGAGCAAAGAGCCCAUGUUGUAGUUGUACGCUGUGAUAGAGGCUUGUGCUCCAGCUAUCACCACCCCGGGUCUGCCAAUAGAACUAGCAAAUGCUGUGACGCAAGACUUCCUAUCAUGUCUCUCCUGUCUCUGUGCUUAAAGUGGUUAAGCACCAGACUCGUGUUUUUUUUUAAUAUCACGUUUAACAUUAGAUUUCUUACACAGCAUGUUUUGUCAUCCUCUAUGUCAAAAUACUUUGAGUUCAGAGUUCAGUUUUCCUGGUCAUGAGUUGGUCAAGUUGGGCAAAGUUAAUUAACCAAAUGUCAGCUGCUGUCAUUGAUUAGUAACACUCUGAAUGAGCAUUUACCUGUUGAAAGGAGAGGACUGUAUGAGAGCCAGUGUUUUAUUUGAGGCCACAUUUGUAAUUGAUAAAGGGAGUAUUGACCUCACUGUUGUAGUUGAUAGCAGUGCUGUUUGUAAUAACUUUAACUACCUUGAUUGCCUCUUAUAUGUGUUUAUUCCUUUACUCUCACGUCUUUCAGGGAUUUGCAUUCCACUAGACUAAGUUAAUGUUAGGUAACACUCGGCAUGCUGGUGAAUGUUUUACCCUUGUUUCUCACUCUCUCUCUUCUGUCUUUUCAGUGGCUGGACGGGGACGAGGCAGAGGACGAGGGCGCGGCAGAGGAAGAGGACGAGGCAGGGGUGGUCCGAGGAGAUGAUCACCUGGCUGUACAUUUGCUGUCAGCCGCUGUUUGUACAGGAUUUUUCUUUUUUCUUUCCACAAAAGGAGCGCGGUGUGAAUUUUCAUGUGCUUUUGUUCGGUUUUUGUUUUCCUAUUUUGUACAUUAAAAUCCCUUAGUGGAUAAACAUGACUCUGAAUUAUUUUAACUUUUGGUAAUGGUUGAUUUUGUUAUACGAAAAUGUGUUUUCAUUUUGUGGCUGAAUAAAGUAUUUCAAUAGUUAA